AUGAAAAUAGAAAUUCAGUAAAUGAGAUUCUAAAAAUUUAAUCCUAUUGGAAUUGUAAGAAUUUAUUAAAAUGAAAAAAUAAUUGAAUAUCAGAUUGAUAUAUCUAAAUGUCUGAGAUUAAAUGAUUUAAUCUAUAUGAUUGUAUAUAUAUUAUAUAUUAAGUUUUAUUUGACUUAUAAUUUGCAAGAAUCUUUUUAGAAUAACUUUUAACUAUAUUUCUUAAUUUAAUAAGAAAAUUCAUAACAUUACAAAGAUAAAUAUAAAAUUGAUCAUUAAUAUCUAGAUUAUAAUAGAAUUUGGUUAAUUUUUUAAGAUUCAAUAAAAGAUUCAAUGUUUAUAAUACUUAAAUUGAGUAUUCAAUUGCAUUUACUUGGAUAUUUAAUGUUAAUUAUAUGA